AAUCUAAAUAUAUUACUUCUCAGUUUUGGUAAAAUACUUUUGUUGUAAUUAUUCGAUAAGGCCUUGAAUCAGACCAUCACUGCAAUAAAAAAAAAGUAAACAAUUUAUAUAAGAGAGGAUAAAACUGAACCCACUAAAAAUGUGGGAUAAUAUAAUAGAUUAUUUGAAGGAUCCUCUAUUAGUAGUUAAAGUACAGAACUUUUUUGGUGUCAUCUAUAAAAAGAACAAUUCAAGUGACGAAACAAGUAUCAUACAUUCAGAUAGGCAUAAUACUGAAAAUGAUAGUGCAAGGCAGCAUAAGAGAAUCCCCAGUGAUAUAUCGGGGACAUCACAGUCUUCUUGUGAGACGGAUACAUCAUCAGAAUAUCAAGAGGAGGUGGAAUGCUUGAUUAAUAACAAAUUCUGGUACUACUUAUUUGUAUUAGGAACUGCACUGGGUGAUGAAAUAUUUUAUGCAACAUUUAUACCAUUUUGGUUUUGGAAUAUUGAUGGUGCUGUUGGAAGAAGAGUUGUUUUAGUGUGGACUAUAGUUAUGUAUAUAGGUCAAGGCUUCAAAGAUAUAAUAAGAUGGCCUCGGCCCGGCUAUCCAGUUAAGAAGUUGCAGGAUAAGUGGGCGAUAGAGUAUGGUAUGCCCUCAACCCACGCUAUGGUCGGCGUGUCCAUACCAUUUUCAGUCUUAUUUUAUACAAUGAAUAGGUACCAGUAUCCUGUGCACUGGGGAAUCAUAAUAGCAGUGUCGUGGUGUACAUUGAUAUGUGUUAGCAGAGUUUAUCUCGGGAUGCAUAGCAUUCUGGAUAUAGCAGCAGGUCUGUUGUUGUCAUCAGCAUUGUUGUUAGUCUUGAUUCCUGUAGUGGACCAACUGGAUGGGUUUUUGCUCACUUCUCAAUGGUCACCUCUACUAGUCAUCACCAUCUCUAUUCUUGUCAUUGUAUAUCAUCCACAAUCUGAUAAGUGGACGCCCACAAGGGGCGACACGACGAUGAUAGUGAGCGUGUGCGCCGGCAUCCUGACGGGCUCGUGGACCAACUACCAGCUGGGCAACAUGUCGGCCAGCCCGCUGGCGCCGCCCUACGCGGUGGAGUGGCCGAGCGUGGAGAUGUGGGGCUGCACGCUGCUGCGCACCACGCUGGGCUUCUGCGGCGUGCUGGCCACGCGCGCGCUGGCCAAGUCCGUGUCGUUCGCGCUGGCGUGCGCGCUGCUCGGCGCCGACCGCCGCGCCAUGCGCGCCGCCGCGCCCAGCCUCCACGACACCAACACCAUCAUCGUCGAGCACUCCUACAAGUACAUCACGUACGGCCUCAUCGGCUUCAACACCACCUACGUGCUGCCGACCGUCUUCGAUCUGCUCUUCAUAAACAGGCCGACCUACUACACGGAGAUUUAGUCGCGUCCGAACCUCGUCGUGGGAGAGUGUAUUUAUUAAACGAUUCGAAAUUAUUAUUUUGUAGCUUGUAAAGAGAGUUGAACUUACAGGAUUUGUUGAAUUUAAAUAUUUACGCCUUCUUCGAUAUAAUUUUACUAGAUCAUUCCAAAUAUAUAGAUAGAUAGUUGAUAAUUUUAUAAAUUGUAAUAUAAUACAAAUUCGUAAUGUAUGUAUGUAUGGUCGAUAUACAAAAUAUGUAAAUAGAUUAUUAGAACUUACUCUUAUAACUGUUUUUCUAAGCUUGUAUUAUAAUUGCGUAUUUUUUAUUUUUUUCCUUAUUAAUGUAAUGUCUGUUUAUUUUUUUCUUGUCAACAAUUAUCCAAGAACCGCCAUCUAUUGUACGCCGAUGGUACUAUAAUAGAAACCAUCACUCUAGCGCUGUGAGUGCAUAGAACGAAACGAUGCGUGCACGGAUGGAAUACGAAUAAAUACAAGCAUAAAUUUUUAUAUAUGAGAAUAAUUUAUGUUCAUAAUUUAACAUUAUGACGUCACAAAGUAAUCUCGUAUUUCUUUUUAAUUUAUAUUCGUUUUAAAUAUAUUGUCAGCUACAUACUCAUUGUAUGUGAUUAAUUAAAGUUUGCGUCCAUGGUUAUAAUUAUUAUUAAUAAUGCACUAUUAAAUUCAAAUAAAAAAUGAUAAUUGUUCUUAUAAACUCUCUUAUAUUCUUGAAGCAAAAGUUUUAUUCUCAAGUAGUCCUUGGUAUUCACCGAGAAAUAGAUAAUCAUUAUUAAAUUAUUUAAUAAAACGGAACAUAAAUAACAAUUAUUUAACAGUAAAUUACCAAAAGCCAUUCUAGUUAGUUACUUGUUAUAAUAUCCUUAUUUUUUUAUGAUUUUCCUCCUGAAGUGCAUCGGUGCCAGAUCAAAUUAAUUACUACAAAACAUAAACCUUAAUUAACAUCACCACACGAACAGAUCAAAUUGAAACUAUAAAUAAAGUUGUUAAUUUAGAAAUUGUUAUUUUUUAUAUGAAUAAGAUUUGAAAAGAUUCGUAAUAUUAUCUGUACUCGAUUUUUUUCAUGCAUUUUCAAAAGCAUUUCAUAUUCACAUGUUUGUUGUUGAAUAUCAUUGUUUUAAAAAUCUUUUUUUUUUUUAAUAAAUAAAAAUGAUCACACUAAAAAUCGCUACCGCAUUCUAUUUAAACAAACUAUGAUUACAAUUUAAAUUUUUUAUCAUCAGUGGCGUAACUAAAGUUUUCGAGCACUAAGAACAAAAAAAAGUGUCCACCAUUUUGCCUUUUAGAACUUAAGUACGAUCGUUUUCUUCGUUGUAAUCGUAAAAUGUAAUAUAUUUUUGAUACAUUAAAAUCUUACAUUGUUAUAUAAAUGAUAAAAUAAAUACGUUAACAUUUAUUAUGUCAUAUUACAUAUGUACACGAAUCCUACAUUUAUUAACAUAGUUUUUAUAAGGAAAAUUUUAACAUGUAUGGUUAUAGAUUAAAAAAAAUAUCACAAUAAUUUAAUCAAUGCACGUUACAAAUAAUAUAAUUUAUAUUACAGACUUACAUAGGAUCUUUGAAUUACUAAUCAUAAAUAUUUAUGAAAAUUUGCAUGAAAAGAUACUUGUAAUUGGGAAAUUAAGCUUAGAACAAAUAUGAUGGUAAUAAUAAUAUAUGUUUUGAAUUGACUUUGUAUAUAAGCUGUUACUAAUUAAUUUAUUAUACGCACAGAGCACCGCAGUGUCGUGAACUCCAGUGAUAACUUACGAUAAGGCUACUGCCAUACAAUACCGUUGCACAGAUGUAUAUUAAAAUAUUUUUAUAACGAU